AAUACGCAGGCGCGAAUCGCACGGACCGAUUUCACUGACGAACAGCAGAAGGCGUGACGUAUUUGUGGAGGUCAAGUCAAACAGACAGGCAGAAUGGUAAAGAAAAAGCGUCUGAGGCUUAUAGCCGAGAUGGCACGGAAAAUCCGGGCCUACCGGGAGCUGAAGAAUCAACCCCAGGACUCUCAGCGCUAUGCGCUAGACUACGAAACCAUGACACGACCCUUCACCGGCAAAAAGCUGCCAGUGUUGGCUUGGAAGGAUGUGCAGAGAGAAACGCGCCUCUUUACGUUACUGUCUGGUAUGCGCAUGUUUGGUGUGGGUCGACUCUUUACACGCAAGUCAUGGCUGGAUGAGCAUACGGAGCCAUGCUACUGGAAAAUAACAAAAGUCAAGGUGGAUUAUACAGCAGAGAACAUGGAUCAUGGGAAAGCCUGGGGCAUUCGAACAUUUAAAGGUAAAGAGGAGCCUGAAGAGCGUGAGGUGGAUAAGGUGAUGUACCACGACUGGCGACUGGUGCCCAAACAUGAAGAAGAGGUCUUCAAACGCUGUGAACCCGUUCCUGAGCCUCCUGUGCGUUAUGUGCGAUACCCGCCUCUCCUGCGUGCCAUGAUCCUGGCCCAGCAAGCCAAGCAGCUGGGUGUGAAUGUCAGCACUGUCCCAGAGCCCACUCUGCCAUUAAAACGGGAUGUCCUGCUUAACUAUGAGUACUUCAGGAGUCAGGAUGAGAAGAAGAAACAUGAGGGUACACCUGUCUGAUGCUUAGGUCCACUUCAGAGGGGUUAAAGUCAUGGUGAGGAGAUCUGAGUUGCAGUGCUCUUAAUAGGAACUUUUUCUUUUGUUCCUAACUUUAUAGGCACUGCUUUGUGGUUAAAGACUGGUCUGUGUUUUAAUGCUAUGUUUUGGUAAGACAAAAUGUAGCCUUAUGUUUUCAGCUAUCUUCCUGUGAUCCUGUGGCUAAUGAUGACAGGGGAAAAGGGAGAUAUCUUUGGACAUGUGACCAAACCCAAAAGGAUAAUCCUCUGUGGGAAGACUGCUUUUUUGUCGUCAGGUUAAUAUCUGUGUGAUAUUCUGUACAAUAUGUGAGUUAAAUAUGAAGUUGUAUGCAUUAUUUGCAGAUAUAGAAUAAAAAUGGGUCAACUGAA